AGUUUGCUUAAACCUUAGUUUGUCUUUAAAUAUCACGUGUAUUUUGUUACGUUAAGAUAUGUAAAGAGUUUCAACAGUGUGAUUGUGACAGUAUUGUUUAAAUGCACCAUGUCAACAGCGGAAGUAAGGGUCGUUGCCUUGCGUUCACCAAAUUCGAAAGAACAAAGUCAUUUUAACUUAAGUAUCGAAAUCGUGCCAAAGAAAGAAGCCGAUUCCGUAGUAAAGGAAAGGCAAACAGAGGAGUUUGACGUAGAUGACUGUAUUGUUCCACAAAUGUCUACCGAUAUUGAACUGCCUUUGGAUGAGGACAAAAAAUGCCAGGUUAAAUUCGCCAUCGAAGGCGGUCUCAAGCCAGCUGCAGACAUGCAUGACGUAUGUACAUCUAUUGUUUUAACGUUUUUACUUUAACCAUUUCAAAUCAUUUCAAAUUAACAAAAACAUUAGAAUCUAAUUAUGAUUUGUUAUAAGUAUUUAACCAUUAUACUGGCAUCAAAUCAUUUAAUUAACGUUUUGAAUCCAAACGAUAUAUAAACAAUAGACUGCCAGCUACUGGGACAAUCCCUGUGUAUAAUCACAAGGCUAUGGUCCAAAAUACAUUGACCGAGAGAACAUCACAAACAGACCACGCAUGCAUCAAAACAGUUUCAUCAAAAAUUGAUGGUAUUACCUCCUUUGUCACGAGUUCGCUAAACACUUGUUCACUGGAUACAUUUAACAUGCUUGUGUUUUCUUCAAUUCAUCUGACUGUUUACUGAUUUAGGUGUGUAUAUUACUUCAUGUUGUAAACUAAUCAGAAUCGAUGUGUAAAUGCCAAUGGUCCAGUAAGUGAUCUUUUCACAAUAACAUUUCAGUAUUUGUAAGAGCGAUAGUUUGAUAUCCCCGUAAUCUGUAUUUUGAAGUGUGGCGAUGUAGGCAGUAUAUCUGUGUUCUUUGCGUCUUGAGCAAGCCGGUAAUUAAAUUUCUGACCGCUGGGCAUGUCCCGAUAGUUACUUUCAGUUGGCUUCAGACCGGGGCAGAAACUAUUAUACGUGCAUCCUGACAUUUUCCUGUCGUACGCUCAUCUUUUUUUCAAGGCGAAUAUAUGAUAGUGUAUUCAGAUGAAGGAAAAACAGAUGCCCGAAAAAUCCUGUUUUUAAUUUCAAACAAUGUUUCGGACAAUGCCAGCAUUGUUUUCAAAGUAGGAGACACGUUCAAACACGAGGUAUGUUUUUUAUCGUCCAUAGUCAAUGUAUACCAUCAGUGUUUGUUAAUAUCCGACCAUAUUUAUUAACACCCAUUUUGAACCAGUAUCGGCAGUUUUUUGUAGUUAAUUGGUACACUUGAAUUAGGCUUUUUAUUAACAAAUGUUGAAACAAGUUUGUUUAGUUAAUAUUACAAUGCAUUAUUUCUCUGGCUUACCAUGAAUACUACAAUCCAGUCUGUAAAAUUGAACAGUGAUAAUUUUAGCAGUUUUAACAUGCUUUUUUUUUCUCAUGAUGUUGGCUAUUAGACCACUUAGCCAUCCCGAUUUGGUUUAUCCGUGUAGAAUCAUAUAAUGUAUUGCAUUUAUGUUCAUCCACAGUUGUAAAAACAAAUCUAAAACUUGCAUUUUUUCAAUUAAAAAACGCGACAUGACAAACAUUAAAACGGUUACAUUUUACAAUGGCUGUGAAAUUGAAAACUAACUUUUAUAAAUAUUCUGAUAUUUAGAUAAACAUUGUUGAUAUCCCGUGUCAAACAGAAACAGUUUCUCCUGGACUGGUUGCGGUGAGCAUCUCUGGUGGCGCCACCUCAGGUGCGAGCAGUAAUGAACCAUCCAAUGGCAAGAAUAUGAUGUUUCGCUAUACUGUUAAAAAUGAAAUCAAAGCCCCCCUACUUCAACCACUCCGAAGACCUAUUUAUCGUAGACAAAAAACCACUUGUUUUCUACAUGAAUACUGCUUGUAAAAAAUAUCCGGAUGAAUUUACAACCUACUCGGCUACCUACUUUCCAAAACUUGGCUUCUUUAUUGACUCAAUAAACGGUUUGGCCGGCGACUGGGGUACUGAUAAGUCAUAUUGGAGAAUACUAAACUUCAGUCAACCUCUGUCUGUCGGGGUGAGUUCGUAUGUUCCAAGACCGGGCGAUAACAUCGUAUUUAACUUCACCAUAUAUGAAAAAGGAAACUGUACUGACCAUGAAACAACGACAGAGACUCCUUCCAAGAUGAGCUCCAAUCCGCAAGUCGUUACUUCGACUCAGAAGUUUAGAUACACAGUCUGCAACGACACGAUGAAAACCUGCUGUCCACCUUCCGUCCGCCUGGGAAUUGAAGACAAACAGCCGCUGAUUUACUAUAUGGAGAAGGCAUGCGACAAAUACCCCAAGAAAUUCAAAAAAUUCACCGUGUCCUACAAGCAAUCUUUAAAUGGUUACGUCGUUGUUGCGAUUAAUGAAGUCAUUGGAAAUCGGGACGAGAAGACAAUCUGGCGCAUUCUGAACGCGACAGGCCGGGUCGACUUAGGUGCGAGCAGUUACGUCCCCACUCCUGACGAUGAAAUCACCCUACGAUUUGAAAACCAAGACAAAUCGACUCCAUGUCCGAACAAUUGCAACGGUUGCUGCCAUAUAUUGUAAUUCAUUUUCCUACGACAAUGGUCCAAAUAUUGAAAUAAGGGACGAUGAAGAAUUACGCGAUGAAAAUCAAAAACUUGUCUUAAAACUAUAAUCGAUUUUGGUGUUUGGGAAUCAGCUCUAGGGUAGUAUUCGAUAUGCAACUUAAUUUAAUCUUAUGACCAUACAUUAUUGACUUCAUUCACCGUGAAAGUCAGUUAUUUUUUUAUCACGCAAUCCGAUUAGCUGCAUCGUUCUUAGAUCCAAAUAUUGAGUAUCACCCCUUGUCAAUGAACUCAGUACAUGUAACUGUGAGGGAAAAUUCAACUUUAGCUACCAUUAUUUCUGUCUUUUGUUCUGUCGGUGAGUCCUUAUAAAUCCUCCAAACCACUGAUACGGAUAUUUAACAUUUAUACUCAAAAAACUACAACACUUUUGUAUGUAUAUAUAUAUAAAUACUAUAUAUAUUUAUUGUUAUUGUGCGUGUUGUGUAUCAUAAUACAACAGUAGCUAGUGUAUUUAUAAUAAUAUAUAUAUUACAUCAUAAAUUUAAUGCAAUAUAAAAUGUAAGAUAAGCAUUAGCAAAAUUCCUUUUUAUUUAGUUUUUUUCAGUUUUAUGUGCCUAAUUGUUUCAACAAUUGUUUGUUUUCUUUUGCUGUUUUCUUUCUUUCUUUAAAAUUUAGGAUAAGCUAUCGAAGUCUAGCAUCGGUUAUGGUACAUUUUGCUACGGUAUAUUUGGCAAAAAAUAGGCUUUAUUAACAACCCUUAAUGACUUUAACUCCAGAAAAAAUGUAAAUUUAACCAUAAUUUCACAUGUGUAGAACUCUCAACUCUGCUUGAUUUAUUCCGGAAAUGGACUCCUUCAGGUUCAAUGAAAAUCAACCGUACUAUAGCCGGUUAUUCUCGACAUUUAAAGCGUUACUCAUCGUCUGUCGAAAUCAGGCAUAAUUCCUAACAAAUGAUAAAAACAUACAAUAUAACCCAGAUUGUUGUUUUUUUCAUUUUAAGUUAUUUGUUACAAUUGAAAAUAAGACAUAUGGACCCUUGUUGAAAUAAUUAAUACCAUAUAUCUCGUAUAGCCAUACCCAUUGUGCUUUAUAUAUGAUAUAUAGUAAUGCUGUCCCUAUGUGAGGACAUUAUGGCUUUGUGACAUAAAUGUUGAAAGUUGAAAGAAUUCGGCGUAAUGCCACAUAGCUACGUGUGAGAACGUAUAUGCUCAGUUUGAUUUAGCAUGAAUAAUGUGUUUCAUCAAUAGUUAUUGCAAAUUUAAACAAUGAAAGUAGCAGGGUAUACGUACAUUGACUGUGUGUAGAUUAAAUUGAUAUUUUGGAGUGUUUCAGACAGGUUUUUACUUAUAGUUAGUAAUCUUAUUUAUAUAUUCCCAAUAAAAACUACUGUAACAUA